AUGUGUUAUAUCAACGAGUUACUUGACGAUUUGCUGGUGAAUAUUUUGCUACUAAUCCCGACAAAAGAGGUCGUGGCGACGUCGCUUUUGUCCAGACGAUGGCGUUCCGUCUGGAAACUCGUUCCCAAGCUUGAUUUUCGUGACUAUUCAUACAGAUAUCACGACACAUCCGCCGCGCCUUCAGAGUUCAUCGACAAGUUCUUGGAGCGAAACACAUCCCCCGUUCUAGAAACUUUCCAUCUCAAUCUUUAUCAUUGCCGAGAUUACUCCCCUGAAUCUGUCGAAAAAUGGGUUAACGUUGCGGUUGCUCGCAAUGUUGUUGAUCUUGAGCUUAUAUAUUGCCUUUUCGGUGUUCCUAUACGGUUUCCCACGAGCUUGUACACACAUGAAACCCUUGUGGUAUUAAGCCUCAGAGGAACGUUCGUUGAGGACGUUUCUUCGAAAACAUGUCUCCGGAGCCUCAAGUCUUUAUCUCUUCGAUUUAUGAGGUUCUAUAGCGAACAAACCGUUGAUAGGUUUUUGUCUUGCUUCCCUGUUCUCGAAACAUUGGUUGUACGUGGAUGGAUAUGCGUUAACGUGAAGACGUAUUCGAUUCGUGUGCCGUCGCUGCAGAGCCUAGACAUCGAGGAGUUAGUAGGCGGUUAUACUGAUCCAAGAUAUGAUCAUGGUUACGUGAUCGAUGCUCCUCGUUUGAAGUUUUUGCAUAUCGUCGACCAUUAUUGCGGCUAUUGUUCGUUGGUGAACGUCCCUGAGAAACUGGAAGCAGAGAUCCACCUUAGGUUUUGUGAUUCUGACAAGCUUCUUGGAUCUCUUACCUCGGCUAGAAAACUUUCCUUGUGUUUAAAACCACAAAUGGAUUCAUGUCUAAAAGGGGACUUUGAUCAGCUCGUGUCUCUAGAGCUUUGUGUUAUGUGCUCCUUGGAUUGGUUGAAUAUCAUCCUCAAGCAUUCUCCUAAACUCCGAGCUCUCAGGCUCUCGAGAACGAUACACAGCUGCCAAAAUUCUCGAAAUGUCCGAACUAACUGGGAGCGACCGAGUUGUGUUCCUGAAUGUUUGAUGUCCAGUCUCGAAACUGUGGAGUGGAUUGCGUAUGAAGGAACAGAAGAAGAGGAAAAUGUGGUGAAGUAUUUGUUGGAGAAUGGGAACCUUUGUUUUAAAAAGCGUUGGCGCAGGGAUAUUUAUGGCAUGUUUAGUUAUGAAAUUCUUAGAUUGGGGCCGAGGAGCCAGGCUAGCUCAGGGCCUCAGGCGACGGUGAUACCACCUUUGUGCACUUUUGAAGAGAAGCUAGGGCACAAAAAGCUUUUAUUGUGA